AUAACAGAAGCAUUUAAACAUUGCAUUUAGGGCAGGGGGACAGUUAUGUUUUAUAUCUCUCUGCAUGUGAUCUAUCUGCUGUAUUUGUAUUCAUCUGCAAAGUCUGCAUCUCCCUUGUCUUGAUUCCCCCACAAUUCCUUUCUCAACUCAAAAAAAAAGUCAGACACAAAUCGAUCAAACACCUUUAUUUAAUCAAAGUUAGUCGCAACCCCACCUAGAUUUCAUCAAACCCCUCUUCUGUACUUAUAUCUGUCUCCUAUUCAUAAAUAGAAAACCAAUACAUGUUGUCUGAACUCUGAAUCUUCACCGCAAAUUUCAAACUCAAGAGUACUUUUUGAUUACUUUCACAUAAGCAAGAUUCUCUCUUGCUUUCAAAUGCUUUUCUCCUGUUAAAUUAUUAGUUAGCAAGAAACAGAAAGAUAGACCCUUUUGUAAGUUUUGAUCAUGGAGAUGUUGAAGGAGAGUGAUUGCAAUCAUCAUCAUCAUCAUCAAGAAGAUUGGAUGAUUCUGCAGAAAUCUGUAAAGGGUCUGCUGUUUGGGAACUGGGAAGACAAAGAGUUGGCAGCUAAAGAGAUUAGGAGAAUAGCUAAGAAGGAUUUGAAGAGGAAGAAAUCAAUGGCUCAACUUGGAGUGAUACAGCCUUUGGUGGACAUGGUUGGAUCAGAUAAGUUGGCAAGGCAGAGAUUGGCUGUUCAAGCUUUGAUUGAGCUCGCUAAUGGUUCUUCCAUGAACAAGUUGAUCAUGUUGGAGUCGGGAAUCUUAUCAAAAUUGCCCAAAAAGACAGACAAAUUAGAUGAACCAGCAAGGCAAGAUUUUGCGCAUUUGCUCUUGUCACUAUCAUCAGCCCUAUCAAACAUUCAAUUCCCCUCUUCAUCAGCAACAAGAAUCAUUCCUUUUGUAGUCUCCAUUCUCGAGUCAAGCAAUAAUGUAGACACCAAGAAGCUAUGCUUAAGUGCAUUGCAUAAUGUGUCAUCACAGAUAGAAAGUGCAGGACAUUUAGCCACAAGUACAGGGGUGAUCAGUACUCUUCUGAGGCUAUCUUCUUCGGGUGAAAACGAAGAAGCCUCUGAGAAAGCACUCGCGACGUUAGGGAAUUUGGUGGUGACAUCGACGGGGAGGAAAGCGUUGGAAGGCAAUCCAAUGGUGCCGGAGAAUUUGAUCGAGAUCUUAGCGUGGGAAGAGAAACCGAAAUGUCAAGAGUUAUCUGCGUAUCUGUUGAUGAUUUUAGCACAUCAAAGCAGUGAACAAAGGGAAAAAAUGGCUAAAGGAGGAAUUGUGCCUGUCCUUUUAGAAGUUGCAUUGUUAGGCAGCCCUCUAGCACAAAAGAGAGCUCUAAAACUAUUGCAAUGGUUCAAGGAUGAAAGGCAAAAGAGAAUGGGACCUCAUUCAGGGCCACAGCAAUUGGGAAGAUUUUCAAUUGAUCAAGGAUCACCUGUGAACAAAAGGGAUGAAAUUGGGAAGAAAAUGAUGAAGAAUAUUGUGAAACAAAGUUUGCAUAGAAAUAUGGAGGUUAUUACUAGAAGAGCCAGUGGAGGUGAUGCUUCAUCCAAGCUUAAAUCCUUGGUCAUUAGUUCUAGUUCUAAAAGCUUGCCUUAUUAGGGGGGGAAAGCUCAUCAUUUGUAUUUGACACCAAAAAAAAAAAAUGCAAAAAUUCAAAUUCUCUUUUCACAGUUUCAACGUAUAUAUACAAGAUAUAUAAACCGUUUUCCUUCCCAUAAAAUGGGACCAGGGAUUUUUGCAGUUAACCUAAAUAACCUUUGUCCCUUUGAACUGAAGUACUUAUCCAUCGAUCUUUGAAGAAUUGGUGUUGCUGACCUUCAACUAAUA